UUUCGGAUGUGUUCGCACGCAAAUGUAGCUGGUUUUGACGCAAGCUGUUGUUGAAUUUAAUAUCCUCCUUUCUUGCUGUAGUCUGCAAUGUUUUUUGCUAUAGUAAUUAUUAAUUCAUAACCUAUUGUUUGUCCCAAAGCCGACCAAUAUGCUCCAUCUGAACCCGAGACCUAUGGUGGUCAAUAAAAAAGGCUUCUUGUUACUGCAGUUUUACUCCUCCGCCAGUGGAGCCUCACACACACACACACACACACUCUCACGCACGCACGCGCGCGCACACACAUGGUCUGCACAGCGCAAGACACUGAUGCGGCUUACAGCCCAGGUUUUUAAUGAAGCUGUUUAGGUGUGUUCGCUGAGCAUUAUGGUAAAAGAACGUCUUGGUGAUUCCUGGAGGUCGCCAUAACAUCGGCUCUUGUGUCAUUUUCGCAUUGAUCCAGCGGUUCGAGGUUUUUGUGCGCGCUCCUGUUCAUCCGCCUUGCAGGGUGUCAGGCUGCUGUAGUCGCACAGAGAAGCUCUUCUUCUCAUUUUUUCUUCUCAGCUUCGUCAUUUUAUUCACAGCAACCUGAAUGCGACUGGAGACCUAAGAUCCGCAGUAGAUCCGCCAUCCAUCUUUAACGGAAUAAGUCUCUAAUUUGCUCAGUUUCUCUUUCUCUCUCUCUCUCUCUCUCUUCCUCGCUCUCUCUCUCUCUUUUUAUCACUCUCUCUCUUUCUUGUUCUCUCUCUUUCUCUCGUUUUCUUUUUUCACGUGUAGACACGUUUAUUUGGUUCAGCUUCUUUAUGAAGCGAUUGCGCGCACUGCAAGCGCGCACUGCUGUUGUUUCAUCUGGACGCUUUGCUCGAUCGUACAUGUGAUUUCUCCUUUUUAUACAUUUGGAACUGUUCAGGUGUUUUUAUUAUUAUUAUUUAAAAAAGGGACAAAAUGGCACGAUUGAGUGCGGUUCCGCUUUUCUUUUGGCUUUUGGGCAGAUCUCUGGCCGGAUUUCCAAACCAGAUAAAUAUAGGUGGGCUCUUCAUGCGCUCAACGGUGCAAGAACACAGCGCUUUCAGAUUUGCUGUGCAGCUGUACAACACCAACCAGAACAUGAGUGAGAAGCCCUUCCAUCUGAACUACAACGUGGAUAACCUGGAGUCCUCCAACAGCUUCUCCGUCACUCAUGCUUUCUGCUCUCAGUUCUCCAGAGGAGUGUACGCCAUCUUCGGCUUCUACGACAAGAAGUCCAUGAACACGCUGACCUCCUUCUGUGGUGCCCUCCAUACUUCCUUCAUUACUCCCAGUUACCCAAUCGACUCUGACGUCCAAUUUGUCAUCCAGAUGCGCCCGCCCCUAAAAGGGGCUGUUCUUAGUCUCCUGACCUAUUAUAGGUGGGAGAAGUUUGUGUACCUGUACGACACAGAUAGAGGAUUCUCGAUACUCCAAGCCAUAAUGGAGGCAGCAGUGGCAAACAACUGGCAGGUGACAGCUCGAUCAGUGGGGAGUGUGACAGACCCACAGGAAUACAGGCGGAUCCUUGAGGAAAUGGACAGGAGGCAGGAGAAACGCUAUCUCAUUGACUGCGAAGUGGAGAGGAUCAACGUUAUCUUAGAACAGGUUGUGACCCUGGGCAAGAACAGCCGAGGCUAUCAUUACAUCCUGGCCAAUUUGGGCUUCUCUAACGUGAGCCUGGACAAGGUGUAUGUCGGCGGCGCGAACAUAAGUGGCUUUCAAAUAAUCAAUCCUGAAAACCCUGUCGUGCAGCAGUUUCUCCAGCGCUGGGACCGGUUAGAUGAAAGAGAAUUCCCAGAGGCGAGGAACACACCUCUGAAGUACACCUCUGCAUUGUCUUACGAUGCCAUCCUGGUGAUAGCCGAGGCAUUCCGGUACCUGCGGCGCCAGCGCGUGGAUGUCUCAAGACGGGGCAGUGCUGGAGAUUGCCUGGCCAAUCCAGCAGUCCCCUGGAGUCAAGGCAUCGACAUAGAGAGGGCUCUUAAAAUGGUUCAAGUGCAAGGGAUGACUGGCAAUAUCCAGUUUGACAGUUUCGGCCGCAGAUCAAACUACACUAUCGACGUUUAUGAGAUGAAAGCAGGCGGGCCAAGAAAGAUCGGGUACUGGAACGAGUUUGAGCGCUUUGUAAAUAUAAUGGAUCUGCCAUACAGCAACGAUUCGUCCUCAGUGGAAAACCGAACAAUUGUGGUCACUACUAUUAUGGAAGCACCGUAUGUGAUGUACAAGAAAAACCAUAUGAAUCUGGAAGGCAAUGAGAAGUAUGAAGGCUACUGUGUCGAUUUAGCUUCCGAGAUAGCCAAACACGUCGGGAUUAAAUACAGACUGUCUAUAGUCAUGGACGGCAAGUAUGGCGCCCGCGACCCAGAGACCAAAACGUGGAACGGGAUGGUGGGUGAACUAGUAUAUGGGAGAGCGGACAUAGCCGUCGCACCACUCACUAUAACGCUGGUUCGAGAAGAAGUGAUAGAUUUUUCCAAACCCUUCAUGAGCUUGGGCAUUUCUAUAAUGAUCAAGAAACCUCAGAAGUCCAAGCCUGGCGUGUUCUCCUUCCUGGACCCGCUGGCGUACGAGAUCUGGAUGUGCAUUGUGUUCGCCUACAUCGGCGUGAGCGUGGUGCUGUUCCUCGUGAGCCGCUUCAGUCCGUACGAGUGGCAUCUGGACGAGACAGAUGAAGCCAAAGACCCCCAGACUCCUCCCGACCCGCCUAAUGACUUUGGGAUUUUUAACAGCCUGUGGUUCUCUCUGGGGGCAUUCAUGCAGCAGGGCUGUGAUAUCUCACCAAGGUCCUUAUCGGGCAGAAUAGUGGGAGGCGUCUGGUGGUUCUUCACCCUCAUCAUCAUCUCGUCCUAUACUGCUAACCUGGCAGCCUUCCUCACAGUCGAAAGAAUGGUCUCGCCCAUUGAGAGCGCAGAAGAUCUAGCCAAACAAACAGAGAUUGCCUAUGGAACCCUGGAUUCAGGUUCUACCAAAGAGUUCUUUAGGCGCUCAAAAAUAGCAGUGUAUGAAAAAAUGUGGUCAUACAUGAAAUCUGCUGAGCCAUCUGUUUUUGCCAAGACCACGCCAGAUGGGGUGGCCCGGGUGCGAAAGUCGAAGGGCAAGUUUGCCUUUUUGCUGGAGUCCACCAUGAAUGAGUACAUCGAGCAGAGGAAGCCAUGCGACACCAUGAAAGUCGGAGGAAAUCUCGACUCAAAAGGCUAUGGUGUGGCGACCCCCAAGGGCUCAGCAUUAAGAAACGCUGUUAACCUGGCAGUUUUAAAACUGAAUGAGCAAGGCCUCUUGGACAAAUUGAAAAACAAAUGGUGGUACGACAAGGGAGAGUGCGGCAGCGGGGGAGGUGACUCCAAGGACAAGACAAGUGCUCUGAGUCUGAGUAAUGUAGCUGGAGUCUUCUAUAUUCUGGUUGGUGGUCUGGGGCUGGCCAUGAUGGUGGCUUUAAUAGAAUUCUGUUACAAGUCACGUGCCGAAGCUAAAAGGCUGAAACUUGAAAAAACCACUCAAAACUUUAAGCCUGCCCCACCAACCAACACUCAGAACUUUGCUACAUACCGAGAAGGCUACAAUGUGUAUGGGACAGAGAGUGUUAAGAUCUAGAGCAGAUGCCAGUUCAACAAGCGUUUGCAUCAGCCUCGAAGAUUGUGACGAGAAAAAGCUUAAGAUGAAAAUAAAACAACAAAAAAACAAAAAAAAUCAAAGCGAUGGCUGGAUCUUUAAGAGGUCUCACCCUCUUCCCCUUCCUACUCCAUCCACAUUCAUCAUCUGCAAGAAAGACGGGAGUGGACUUUUUCAUUGGAAAGAACCCGGACGUUUCCUUCAGUGCCUUAUGGAACAUUCUGAAAAUCACUCGAAUGUAAGCUCAUCAUGGCGACAUCCCAUUGCUCCGACACCAAGUGAGAAACACAUGAAGGAAUGCCAUUGCCAUCUGUGAACGAACUCUUGAACUACAUAUCUUCAUGAAAAUUCGAGAAAAACAAAGCCAUCACUUGUGAUCUGAGCACAUUCAGAAGAGCCAGACUGAAAACUGUGUUGGAGACAGCAAGUCUCGUGGUAUUGAUACGCUGCUGGACUUGGUUAUCGAUCAAAUCUUUAAAAAAAACAAAACUUAAAAAAAAAAAAAAAAUGCUUGUACUUCAUCAACUGUAAAUUUGCUUUCACAAUCACAGUAACUGAUAAAAGCAUUAAUUUAUCAAAUUUUCAAUUCUUUCUAAUAGAAAUCACUUAAUGUGAGAGACUGAGAUUAUAUGCUGUUACUUGAGUAGUGUCAUUGUUUAUUAGUUUUUUUCUUUUGCUGUUUUAAUUUUUUAAGCUGCUGAUUUGUCAAAUAUUUAGGAAACACAUGAAUCAGACCCCAAAUAAGCACCUGGUUAUCAGCAACUAAAAAUAAAUGCACAUUGUAUAAAAAUGAAUCAACCAAAAAUAUGUAAUGGAAAAAAGAAAGGUGCAAUCACUUGCAUUGGACACAACCUGACACUCACUUUACAUACACUUUAUUUAAAACCUUUUAAAAGGACGUGUGUGUGGGUGUGUGUGUGUCUGCGGUAUUUCGAUUAAUUUAAAUGAUUUCUUUUGAUGCAGUGUCUAUUGUACAAGAAACUGAAGCUCCAACACAGAAAAUUGGACCACCUACAUGUAGAUCAAUUGCAAUCCAUGGAGAGAAAAAAAGAAAAAAAGAAAAAAGAAUAUGGCUUUUUAAAAACAUAGUAUUUGAGUACCUUUGCAAUUUUCUCAAUAUACAAAACAUUUAAAAUAAAGCUUUGGGUUUUAGUUUCAUUUUUCCAAUCAUGUUAGUGUUGGAUGACCUACUUAGUAAAAUAGCGUUAACGACAACAUUUUAAAUAGAUUUAUAAAUGGUGUUAACAGGGGUAAUCUUACAAGCUUAGCACAUUUACAUUUUGCUCUUACACUUUCUGUUUACUGUAAGAAAAGAAAAAAAAAGAAACUGUGAUUCCAUGGGAUUUCAGAAUGCGAACAAUCCUGAAUCCAUGGAAAGAUGAGUUUUAUACAGAAAAGAAGCUUUCGAAAAGGAUCUAGACAAUUAUGAAGAAAUGUACAUUUGUUUAAAAACAGACUUUCUAGCCGCCUGCAGGAUUCACAGCCGUUGAACUUCCCUCUUCUCUCGCUCUCUCGGUUUAUUUUCCUUUUAUUUUUUUUUUGUUUUUUUUUUUUGUUUAAUCUGCAUGUGGAAAAUUUGUGAUUGCCUAUUAAGCCCUGAAACGUACAUCUUAGAAAGGUCAAGAGGAGUAUGACAAUUUUCUAUUUGACAUUUUACCCUUUCUUCCUUACCUUGUUUUGCACCUCAGCCCAGAGAACCUUAGCAGGCAACCUAGUGAUGAAAAAAAAAAAAGAAGACAGAAAUGCAUGCAUGGGUCUAAUUUACCUAAUGAAACCUCUUUAGUGAGGCCUUGUACAAAGUAUUUUAAUAUAUUUUGUAAAUAAAACCCAUAAAAAAACA